CGCGGGUUCAUCAGGUAGGAGUAUUUGUUUAAUAUAUUUACAGUAUUACCUGGAUUACGUUUCACUGUCCCGUGGUGCUUCAUGUUUGAGUUGCACGUCCAGGGCCGGCUACUGACUCAACAACACGAUUAAGUUUGUGAAUGGUGUGUGAUUGAGCCUCUGUGACGAAUCCCCGCCAUCUUGCAGGUCCGCCAUCCGCCAUCUUGCCCGUCCGACAGCUAUAGACCGAAUCAUGGGGAAGAAACACUCAAAGUUCGACGUCAACCCUGCAGCAUCAACGGUAACACCGACCACUACACCAUCUAGUCAGACCCCAACAAGAGGGACUUACCUUGUUACAGAAGAGAAAGGGUCAAGGUCAUCACCACAGCAACCAAGCUCACAAACCAAGAUGGCAGCCAAUGAUGUGUUUGUCUGUAAUCAGGAGGAUCUGAAAGAUGGAGAGAUGAAGGAGGUGGACGUUCCGGGGGGGAACGUGCUGCUGACGAGAGAAAAGGGCCAGUAUUAUGCUGUGGGCCCAAAAUGUACCCACUAUGGAGCAUCUCUUGCCAAUGGUGUGCUGUGUAAUGGCCAGGUGCGUUGUCCAUGGCAUGGAGCCUGCUUCAACAUCAAAACAGGAGACAUCGAAGACUUCCCAGGUCUCAACUCACUGCCAACAUUUGAGGUAAAUGUUAAACCUAAGUACAACAGCAAGUCCAAAUAUUCCGCCAUACAGAAGGCAAAGGACAAGAAGUACUCCAACUUCAGAGGCGGCACAGGAUCUUUUCGUCGCCCAACCGGAAAUUACAAAGGGAAACUCAGGGAAAGGCCGCACUCCCAGAGGAUCCAGAGGAACUAG